AUGACAGCAGAAGAUAUACUCCUUCGAGAAAGAACAUCUACUACGACACAACGCCCUGUCAAUAGCGAACAAUACCUUAAUGUGCAAUUAGCCACAGCCCCAGUAAAAAAUUUUCAGACUACAAGCGAGAUUAGCCGGCAAACUCUUGUAGACACAUCAAAUGAUGACGUUUAUUCCAUCAAGAAUUUGAAGGGCUCGAGGAACCCCAUUAGCCCUAGUGUUUCUAACGUUGGCUUCCAAUCCAUAUUCCAUACAGUAGAUCAUCCUCGAUCGAAGGUCAGUGUGGCCUCAAAUCAUUCCUUGAGGAGCAAUGACAAUGCCUCAGCUGCAACAUCUAAAUCUGGUUCUUCUCAGAUAGGGGAAUCUCAUAGCGUUGACACGGUGGAGUGCUCGAACAAUCUAUCUAAAAAGUUAUCUUCUGAUGCAAUAUCCAUUACUCAGAAAAGUUUACACUCCACGCCCUCCGGCAGGUAUAUGAAAGGAAAGGCUUCUGGCUUUUUUAAUAGGAGAAACAGAGCACAUACGACCAUUUCAUCGGAUCCUGCCUCCUUUUUGACAGAUUCAAGCACCUUACAUAAUAGUUCACAUUCAUUUCGAAACGUGAUUAAGAACUUUUUCCAAAAUAAAAGCCACAGGCACAUUGGUCAAGAUGCUAUCGAGCCUGCAAUUCCAAAUUCCUUGAGUAAAUUUCUGCAUUCCUCUUACGGAAGACAUAAAUCUCCGUCACAAUUUAUUCAUACUAAUGCGGGGCAACUUGUGGACUCAGGAACUUCUGUGUACUCAUUGAAUGUUAAUCCAUCUGGUGUCAAUCCCAACACAAUCGUUGAGGAUCCGCUUUCUGGAACUGAUCCUGCCUCACCGAAUCCGGUCUCAAUGUUACACGACCUUUUAAGAAAUUUACCAUCUCUGGAAGCUAACUAUAAACACUUCAACUCCCAAGAACUGACAACCCUAACAAAUAAUAUUUGGAAUAUAUUUUGUAGUAACGUAGCAGAAUUAUUCAGAACUCAAAGAAUAUGGAAACUCAGGGCCAAAAUAGAAAAUUUUAACGAAGUUUUAGAAUUCUAUUGCAUUUUAAAAACAGAUCCAAGAGUCACACAUAGCGGCAUGAAUAGAAUUAUCAGCGAUUUGAAAGAAUUUUUGGUUAGUUCCCUAUACAAUUUAGAAAACCAAAUUGUUUUUAACUAUUCUAAUGAAGACACAAUAAAUAACGCAUUGAAAAGAUUAGGCGUUAUAUGGCGGAUAUUUUAUCAAGAGGUAUAUUAUGAUUUAGCCGCUGUGUUAUUACCGUUGGAUCAGAGUAUCAGAGAAGAUGGUAAUUCUACGGUUUUAAAGUCAGGCAAUGAAAGUCGGACUCACAUUAAUGGUAAUUAUUCUAUUGGGUUUCUUUUGCUUAUGUGCUUUAGAGAUUCAAUAGUCUUACCUUGUUAUGAAAACUUCGUAAAUAGUAACGAUGGUAUCAGCAAAAGUUUUCAACUUUACAUUUUCAAUCAAGAAGAAGAAAGUAAUGUCACAGAAACAGAUAAAUUGACAUUACUGCAGUGUUUUGGCAUAUUGAGUACCAUUCAAAGUAAUGAUAGAAAUCAACGAAUUAUCGAAGAGUUAUUAGCAGGCAUUAGAAUGAGUAUAUAG